UAAGAGAAUAGGGCAAGCUGUUGUUUCAGUGAGACAUGUGACUUUAUAAGGAGAGAAGGGAAGGCUACUGAUCCACUGUGCCUUAUAUCCUGAUUAUCUUCUUUCCUAUCUAAUAGAUUUUCUAUGUAAAAUAUUUGAAUUUCCAUCCUUUUUAUUUUAUGGAUGUCCUAGGGAUAUGUCUGUGCAGUGUCCCUGGGCAUCCCUUUACCAUGAGAUGGAGAACCACCUCCAAUGUGAACCUAGAGCCACAUAACUCCAGGGUGAUGACAAAACCAGACUUGUUUAUUAAAUGAAAUUAUAAAAAUGUUAUUGUAAUAAACCAAUGUCCCACCCCACCCCCCAGCCUUUCUUCAGGAAUCCUGAUGGACCAUGGGUCCCUACCUUCUGCAUUGUAGAUAACUUCUCCUGGUAGUUGGCCUCCUCCCUUUUGAAGUGUAAAUGAACCUAUGAAGGCUCUGGGCUCAAAACUAGAGAUUUAUGAAAGGCCUUGUAAGAGGAGCCAAUUCUUCCCCAUAUCACACUCUGCUUCUGUAAACAUGCUACCUCUAGAAACCACUUGCACAAUUCUAUGUCAGGUAGGCUAGAAAAUUUAUGACACUAGAUACCUAUAAAUAUUGUGAAAAAAAAAAACUGGGCAUAGGGGCUCAGAAUUUGUAGUUUUGUUUUCCUCUGGGCCCACUGCUGUAAAAUAAAAUUUGGAGUUCUUCCCCUUGAGUGCUGCUUGAUGCUUCUGGACCAGUCAGUUUCCCUCAGCAUCAGUACCACAAAAUGCUGUUCUUGUGCAUCUCUACCCAUCCCCAUCAAUUACUAGUGUCACCUUGGAACGCAUAUGCAUUGUGUGUAGGAUUGUAUGGAGAAAUUAUGAGAAACUUUUCCCCAUCUAACCCCCAUAGGUGCUAUGUGGUGUCUUAGGGAACAGAAAAUUUUGUCACAGUAUCACAUGUGACUGAAGCACUACCAACCUUUAAACAGCAGUUAUUAGAAGUUGGAAGAAAAAAGGAAUUGAAUAUCUUGAGUGUAGAUAUCUUACAAAGUCAGAGUUAUUAGAGAUUUUUCAAAUGAAAAUCAAAAGUACAUUGAACUUCUGUAGAAAUACUAAUUUCUAAACAAGUAUAUAUCAGUCUCUAUUACCCAAUAAAGCAAAAAAAAAAAAAAUGUCUGGAGCUCCUUAUUCCUAUUCUGAAAAUGAAAGCAGUUCUGGAGGCCCAAAAAGGAAAUGACCACUGGGAGUUAUGGCCAGGCAUGCCUGGGCCAUUGCUUCCUCUGAUGUCACAAUGAGCCAUUGUGAGCAAGUGUCAAAAUGUAGGUAUAUAAGAGAGUGGCUUUGGCUGAGUUUUUGUCCACAAGUACAGGAAGCUCUUGGUGGUGACCUGUCGGACUCCCAGAUAGUUAGCGUGUUUGGUGGUUGGUGGUUGGCAGUUGUUGGUGGUGGUCUUUGGAUAUUGGUUCUUUGAUUUGGGUUUGUUGUUUUGUCUUGUUUUUGUUUUUGAUUUGGGUUUGUUGUUUUAGUCUGUUAUUUUUUUUUAAGCUAGCAUCCUUAGUUGGUGUUCCUGCUUAGGAUGGAUAGCCAGAGUAGUGAGAGUAGUGGAGUGGGGCAGGGGCCUAGCUCCUGCAAGACUACAGUCCUGAGGGACCAGUAUGAGGUCCUGAGGGACAUUGGGCAUGGUGGGUUUGGCCAGAUCAAACUAGCCCGCCAUUGCCUCACUGGGGCGCAGGUGGCAGUGAAAGUCCUGCAGAAGAAAGGGCAGAAACUCCAGGUCCUCUCCGAACCGGAUAUGAUGAGGAGCCUGGAGCAUCCCAACAUAAUCCAGUUAUUUCAGGUCGUUGAGACCCGCAGAAAUAUCUACCUGGUGAUGGAGCACGCAGAUGGGGGCCAGCUAUUGGACCAAAUCCCGCUGGGUGGCAUGCAGGAGGAAGAGGCGCGCAGACUGUUCCGGGAGGUAGUGUGUGCCGUAGCCUACUGCCAUGACAAGGGCAUGGUGCACCGAGACCUGAAGCCAAAGAACAUCAUGCUGGAUGCCAAAGGUCACAUCAAACUUAUUGAUUUUGGCUUCAGCACCUGGGUCACACCCGGCCAGAAACUGAAGGAGUCCUGGGGCACUCUCUCAUACAUUGCCCCCGAAAUUAUCCAGAGGAAAGCAUAUGAGGGCCCCCCAGUGGACAUCUGGAGCCUGGGCGUCACUCUGUAUUUUAUGUUGACAGGGAAGCUCCCAUUUAUGGGAUCCACCCGUAAGGAGACAAUGCGGCAGAUCGUGCUGGGAUUGUACCGUGACCCUCCCCACGUUUCUCUGGCAGCACAGAUGCUCAUUUACCAAAUGCUGACCCUGGACCCCAGGAAGCGGCCCACAGCCAAGCAGAUCCUUCGGCACAUAUGGCUGAUGCAGGGUGAGCAGCAUUUACCCCCUCAUCAUGAGGCACUCCUCAAACACCCAGACCCCGAAAUACUGACCAUAAUGUUUGAUAUGGGUUAUGAUCUACGCAAGACCUGGGUGUCCCUGGCCAAGAGAAAGUUCAAUGGAGCCAUGGCUACCUACCUCUUACUCCAGCACCAGAAAAACCAGGGGAAGGGCUUCAUGUUCCAGGGGAAGCCUGUGCCUCCCAUGGUUAAGCCUCAGCCAUGUCCCCUGGAUUCUUCCCAUUCCCCUGUCCUCCCAAUAAGGAGCCCCAGUGAGCCUGCCCUUCACACCUUCUCCUUGCCCUGUGAGCUUCCUCUGCCUGAGGAGGCCAAACGCUUAGGGCAGAAGCAUAUCAGGAGGGCCAGCCAGCCGCCUAUUCACUUCCACUUCCCGCCUGCAAGAACCCCCACACCUGGAUUAGCCUCCCAGUCUGACUCUGGGCAACUCCACACCAGCAGAAAGCUCUGGAAGCGGGUAACUAGGGGGAUUGCUACCUGUGUCCGACAACUGUGCUGUUGCAUACCACGUGUCAGCAAUGGGGUGGCUCCAAUGUAAGAGGGCAGAACCCUGCCAGAUUCAUGAAGUGUGGCUCCAGUGAAGGAGAGAGCUGACCAGACAAUACCAGGGGGCAGCCAGAGGACCCUGUUCUCUGUGGAUCCUGACACCUUGUUUGGGGCCUCAAUCAAGUGGACUCUGAACAGCUGCAGGAGAAGAUGUGCCAACUACCUCAGGUGUCUCUGCACGGGUUCCAGCCCAGAGCACUUCUGCAUCCACCUGGACAUCAGGAGUCUCCUCUGCCCCCACCUGCAGAAGACAUCAGAGACGGCUCCCCUGGGACACUCCCCCCUGCACUGCUCCUCUGUCCUUUCUCCCAUUUUCCUGAGGCGUUUCUUAAAUAUUUUUCAAAUUUUGUAAUAAAAGUAUUGUUCAAAAUAAAUGUUUAUAGUUGCUUUAUUUGUAAUCACCUCAAUCUGGAAACAAUUCAAUUGUCAUUUAGCUGUCGAAUGGAUAAGCAAACUAUGGUAUGUCCAUACUGUAAAAUGCUUCUGUAAAAUGCUUCUCGGCAAUAACAUGAAGUCUGGUAUAAACAAACAUGGAAGAAAAUCAAAUACUUUAUGCUAAAGGAAAAAACAGAUUCAAAAGGCUUCAUAGUACAUGAUUCCACUCACAUGGCUUUUGGUUCCACUCACAUGGCUUUUGGAAAAGAGAAGACAGACCAUUGGAUGCCAUGGGGCUGGAGGUAGAGAGACAGAGGUGAACUACAGAGAAUCCCAGGGGAAUUGUUUCUUUGCUGUGCUGGUACAUUGAACCCAGGCUCUUGUGCAGGAUAGGCAAACUCUCUACCACUAAGCACAACAGGGAGACUGUGUUCUUUAGGGAACUGAAUCUGGAUUGUGAUAACCUGACUAUAUUUUCAUCAGAAGUAGCAGAACUGAUGGCCAGUAUACACCUGUGAUUCAAGAAACUGGGAGGUUGAGGCAAUAGGAUUACUAAUUGAAGCCAGUCUCAGCAACUUAGUGAGUCCCUAAGCAACUUAGACCCUGUCUUAAAAUUCAUAGCAAGCUUGGCAUGUAGGUCUGUGUAAAGCAACCCUUGGUUCAAUUCCCAGUACACACAAAACAAAGUAGCAGAACUAUAGACAAAGGGGUAAAUUUUGUAGUGUGUAAAUUAAAAACAACCAAGACAAUUUUGAAUAAAACCAAAAAAUUGGAAGUAUUUCUCUACUAGAUAUCAAGAAAUAUAAAAAAAUGAUAUUUAAAUA